AUGUCAAGUAAUACUCAGGUAUAUCAGAAAGAACUGCCUCAUUCACAGCCUGGCCAAUCACUACUCCACCAUGGUCAUGGCCAUGGUGUUAACAACAAUAGUUUACCACCUUUACCGCCAAUACCUCCUCCACAUUUACCUCCUAUAUCUAACAACAACAAUAGUCAUAACUCGAGUACAAAUAGCGGAGCAAGUAUAGCUCCUCCUCCUGUUAUACUGUCGUCUACUACAAACCAACAGCAAUACUAUCCUUUACCUGCGUUGCGUGCUCCACCUCCACUAAAUGCCAUUUCUACUGCCAUCAAUUCAUUACCGGCUCUAACACCUACUAUGACUAAUGCCACUCAUUCUACUAUGUCAUCAAAUUCAUCUGCCGAGUCAGUAGCUUCGUCCAAUUCCCCUAAUUCAAUUACAAAGCCAAAAUCUAAACGAUCUAGUAAAGGAAGAGUGUUUCAAUGUACUGGAUAUCCGGGUUGUAAUAUGUCAUUCACAAGAAGUGAGCAUUUGGCUCGACAUAAGCGGAAACAUACAGGUGAAAGACCGUUUACUUGUCCUUAUUGUUCUAAAAAUUUCAGUCGAUUGGAUAAUUUACGUCAACAUAAACAAACAGUUCAUGCUUAUGAAACUUAUUUAACUAAAGAUAAUUCCGAUAGUAAAUUGUUGAUUGAAAGAUCCAAGACUAAAAAGAAAUUGAAGCAACAAGAAAAGAAACAACAACAGCAACAAGCUCAAUUGAAAGCACAAGCACAAGCUCAAGUACAACAUCAAGCACAAAUGCAAAGAAACCAACAAUUUGGAUACAAUUUCCAACCACCAUUCCCACAGUUUCAUAAUAAUAGUAAUAGUAAUAAUGGUCAAUACUACAAUCCACCACAAGCAUCACCUGUAUCUGUUGGUAUGCCUCAUCCACAUGCACAUCCACCACAACAGCCAUCUUCAUCACAAUUACCACCUCCACCUCCACCACCUGGCCCAACUGUAUCUCAACCACUUGCACAUGCAACAAGCAGUUAUUUUGAUCAAUAUAGGCAAACACAGAAUCAUUUGACUUCAUUACCUCCUCCACCAAAGAUUUCUGCCCAUCCUUCCAAACCAUUGCCUCCAUUACCACAUCAAAUUGAUCAUGAAGCUCAAGGUGGAUUGAAAAUUCCAGAACAUUCGUUUAAUCCAAAGAGGAGACCAGAACCAUUAUCUUUGAUGCAUUCUAAUCAUUCUGGAGAUAAUAUUGAAAAUGCUCCACCAGUUGUUAAUGGUAAUACUUCAUCAGUUUUAUCUGAUGCAGUUUAUCCACCUCCACCAAAAUCUGCAACUUCUGCUGCUUCUAUGACACCCAACUUGGCCAGUCCAAUCUCUCCGUUGUUUCAACUGUCGUUUAAUCAAGGAACUCUGAAGAGUGGUAACGGUAAUAAUGCUGGGGUUAGUGGAAGUAAUCCAAGAGCUUCAACAAUAACUACUUCAUCUGUAUCUAUCAAAUCACCAAUGUCACAACACUUUUCUAUCAUCAGCUCAUCAUCCAAUUGGACCAACAAUACCACAAAUAGUUUACCAUCAGUUAAUAAUCUACCUCAUCCUAAUUGGGGUAGUGGUGGUGGUUCAAGUGGAAGCUCAACAGGAGGUUAUAAUAAAUCAUUCCAUGAAAGACAGAGUUCAGGAUUGAGUGAUUCAAUACUGGUUUUUUCAAACAAGGAUGUUAAAAGCAAUUGGCUUAGAGGAGUAUUGAACGAUGAAGAAGAAGCUAAGGGUGAUGGCGAUAAUGAUUCAAUGAUGGUUGAUAAAGAAGAUGAUCAGGAAGAUGAAGAAGAGAAUAAAAAUCAAGAGGAUUGUUCGAUAGCCAACAAUACAACAAGUAAUAACAACUAUUCUACAUCUACAGAAGUUAUUGAUGAAAGUAUGAGAACAUCUACACCUUCGAUUAGAUCAGAUAAUUCUAAUGAUACAAUUCAUAGUACAACAGUUGUAUUGAAGAAAGAUCAUCAAGCACCUUCAAUUGUUUCUACAUCCCAUGUGUCAAAGAAACCUACCAUCAAUAAUUUGAUUUCCCAGUCACCAAAUGAACCUGUUUCGAUCAAAGAAGAAUGA